ACUAAGAGUUCGGUACCUUGCUUACUGGGAUUCAAUUGUUCACAUUGAUAAAACAAUGCAGCAUCCAUUGGAGAUGGGCGCUCAUUACUAUCCGCCAGAAGUGCACCCUGACCACAGGUCGCACCGAUACCGGAGUUUCAUGAUCGAGGAGAUUCUAACGGACCACCCAGACCACAAGGUGUCUGCCCCGGCAGGGGAGCUGCUCAAGUUCGGAGUACAGGCUCUUUUGUCGGCACGGCCGUACCACAAUCACCUAGUUCUGAAGGCAGACCAGACCAGUAUCCUUAAGUUUCCAAUGUCACCACUGUCAUGUUCGCUCGGCGCGCCUUUGGGAUCGGCGCUCCUAUCUGGGGCUUCGGGUCUGCAGGUCGGCUCGGCGUCUCAUCACCUGCCGCUGGACCUCCACCUUCGCAGUAAACUGGACCCCGGAGGAGACGGAGGAAAUAAGUCAAAAAAAGGCAGGAGGAGUCGAACUGUCUUUACCGAACUUCAGCUCAUGGGCCUGGAGAAAAGAUUUGAGAAACAAAAGUAUCUGUCAACGCCAGACAGAAUAGACCUUGCGGAGUCACUGGGCCUUAGUCAACUGCAAGUAAAAACAUGGUAUCAGAACAGAAGAAUGAAGUGGAAAAAAAUCGUCUUACAAGGUGGCGGACUGGAGUCACCCACUAAACCCAAAGGCCGACCAAAGAAAAAUUCAAUCCCCACAAGCGAGCAGCUGUCAGAGCAGGAGAGGUCGCGAGACGCGGACCGCCAGUCCGAUGGCUCCUCCUCGUCGCAUUCUGACAUCAAUCAAGAGGAAUAG